GUGUUACUGCAAUCGAGUCGGUGACCCUUUUUAUAUGCUGGGCUACUGAGUCCGUCCAACCAGUCCGCUGGUAGUUUGUCUUCGGCCCAAACUUUUAAGAUAUACCAAAGCAUUGCAUGCAAGAACAACUUCCUUCUGGCUUCAAACAGUUUGGCUGGGAUGCCGUCCAUUCCAAUUGUUUUGUGUGUGUCCUCAAAAAACAGGUUUUUCUUCCUUCAGUUUCCAGGACUAUUUCUGGGUAGAAUAGUUUUUUAUACCAAAAUAUUUUGCGGAGCACCUACAUUACCGAAUCAAUAGGAAAAAUUUCCUUAACUUUCACAUUGACAAAAAAGCAGGCGCUCCGCGAAAUCUUUUCGCUUGAAGAAGUGCUCCGCUGAACAAAAGAUCUGAGAACCCCUGCCUUGCGUGAUUCAAACUAAGCUUGCGAGCGCGCCCAAUAUUCUCACACCAGGGCCGAAUUUGGGUGUUGAAGGGCCCGGGGCAGAUAUUUUUUCGUGGGGCCCUUUGGUAAACUUUUAGGAGAAAGAUUAUUGUAAAUUGUGCAACAAUGAGUUGACGCUCCGCUGGGAGGUGACGAGCAAAAAAAAGGUCGUCACUUCGUCUUCUCCUCUGUUUAUGCUUGUGGCUCAAGACUAGGGGGGCCCCUUGAGUCGAAAGGCCCGGGGCACUUCCCUCCUUGCCCCCCCCCCCUCAAAUCCGGGCCUACCUCACGCUACACCGCCGGACGGUUUUGACUUUAUUCUUUUCGGACAAGUAAGUGGUAUCGAGACCACGGGGUGGAUUUCUUCGAAAAGUAUAUCAAAACAUCCAACUGCCCUCAAUUGAGAAAUAUUUGGCAGCUCUCAAACAGCAGUUGGAAAAGAGUACUUGGAGAGUAGUUGGAAUUUGUAACUCAGGAUGUGACAUGGCGACAGAUGAGAAUUUACUUACAAAUAUUUAGACCAGCAAUGUGGUAUGCAGUUUUCAUCUAGACAAGCUGCUGUACAAGAGAAUGCUUCAAAAGAAUCAGAACAAACUUUUGAAAUUGAUUUUAAAUUGAUUCAAUUGAUUAAAUACUAGUAAUUGAAUAAAUAAUUACAAACAUCCCCCUGUAUAAAAUAUUGAAAAAAAAAAAUAGAAAAGAUCCAGGUUAACAUUGUUCUCAGGAAAAUAAACAAAAAAUGACACAGACUUGUGAAUGGCACUUUUUGCAUCACUUGCAGGUGAUCUCGAUUAUCUCCUUCUUCCGUUUAUCAACAAAGUGUAGCGUAGUUUUACUACUGCGAUGCGCCCACACUAAUUCAGUUUGCAGUCACGUGCUUCUUGCAUUCAUCUGAUUACUGUGGCGCUCAGACAAUCAUUUGUAAUCUGUGUAAUCAUACUGUGGCGACUGUGACAAGAUCGGCGUCAACCCACCACCCUUUGGCAAAAUCAAAAACAACUGCUAGCAAUGAAUCGUACGGCGAAGGGUAGUAUCCCUUAAGAUUUCCACCCAGACGGAGGGUGCUUCACGAGCUGAUUUGCCCGGCUUUUUCCGAGAACAGGUGUUGCAUGUGAUAGAGCGCGAUGAAGCUGAUCACGUGUGACUACAUAUCUGGUUGCUUUGCUGGUGCUUGCGGAGUUCUGGUGGGUCACCCUUUGGAUACCAUUAAAACGUGGCAGCAGUUUUCCAACAACAAAAUCGGUUCCUCAGUCUACAAUAUCAUUGUUGGUCACAAUGGGCUUAGGGGAUUUUACAAAGGAAUGUUUUUUCCGUUCGUCACGAAUGGAGCACUGAAUUCCGUAGUGUUCGCCGUAUACGGAGAUUACCUGCGGACUCUCCAGGGGAGAUGUAAAUCGGAAAAGGAGCGUCAGCAGCUAUGGCGUAAACAUGUCCUUUAUGCUGGUUCGGUGGCGGGAGCUGCCCAAGUCUUCCUGGCCUGCCCCGUUGAAGUGAUUAAAGUUCGUCUACAGACACUACAAUACAUCGGUCACCCGUGGCGCUGCUCCCGGGAUAUUUUCAUUCGCGAGGGUGUUUGGGGCUUGUAUCGAGGUUUCACACCGAUGAUGUGCCGCGAUGUGUUACCAUAUGGAAUCUAUAUGCUUGUCUACGAGUACAUGAUUGACGUGGAAGAGAGGUUACAUGGGAUGAAACGCAGCCGCCAGGCAGGAACGGGAAUAGGUAGCACUUACGAGGCAUCAUUGAUUGCUACUGCUGGCGCCACGGCAGGCGUCGUAUCGUGGCUAUUUGUCGUCCCGUUCGACGUUGUCAAGACGGUGAUGCAGUCGGAAACGGAUCCCACGGUGCACAAAAAUAUGAUGCACUGCUUCAGGCGGUUGGUAGAGAGUUCAUCAAACGCGACAUCGGUAGCGAUCAUGGUCGAGGUAGCAUCAGAAUGGAACUUUUACGAAGACUUCCACCUACACACUGAAACUGAUUAUGGAAACCCAUUUCCCGGGCUUGGUGGUAUGCGAUGUUUCCGAAUAUGGUGAGAUGGGAGCAGGGAUGCCACAUAUGCAGAUCAAGCUGUAUUUUAUAUAUUUUUGAGCCGAAGUAACGUUACAGAAUCUAUAUAUACAGAUAUACAGAGAUUUUCGUCAAAAAGUACAGAUUUACAGAUUUUUUAAAUUGACAUUAAUUUUUAUGGACCCCUUCAAUUGAAUGCAUUAAAUAUUGAACAAAUUAUAUAAAUAUAUUUUCAAUUCCUCGCACGUUUCAGAAAUGGAUAUAUAUGUUCCAUAAAAACUUAAAAAAUGAAAAGUUUUUUAUGUUUACCCA